CAACCAUUAGACCUCCAACACUGGAAAGCCAGAUUAGCACAUCAAGUUGUUUCUCAGAGGAGUCACAUCAGGCAGAAAGCACAAUUAUUUUUUUGGGAUUUUCUCAAUGAUGUUAAAUUGCCAGGUGGUAGUUCAAUAUAAUGGGUAAUGAACUGGCAAGGAGACAUGGCAAGGAGAACUCAACAACUGUACAGCUGAAUGUGAUAUACAUGCCUCAGAUCUCUGGCUCUGGGAGCUGCAGCAGAACUGCAGCAGAGAUCAGCUGCUCCUGUGAGAGCCGUGGGAAUCCCUCUCCCAGCAUGGAGUGGCGUGUGUCUGGACUGCGGGUCACUAACUCUACUGACAGAGUCAUCAGGGAGGAGCAGCUGGGGAACACAGGCCUGAGGAGCUCCCUCACCAUGCGCCAAUCACAGGGAGACACGCCCACUCUCCUCUGCGUCAGCACCAACACUCUCGGCUCCUCCAGCCUCCAGCUCCACCUCCCGUCUCCACAGCAACACUCAGGAUUCACUUGCAAUCCACUAUUACUUAUUAUAAACGUAGGACUGAUUUGUCUGUAUGUGCUGACUGUUGGAUUCUGUAUCCACAAAAAUAAAAGGUUGUCUAGAAGACUGAAGGGAGGGAGGGACGGGGACACAUAUGCCAGUCUGCAGCUUUCCAACAUCAGCCCUGAGUAUGACGUGCUGCAGGUGAGCAAGUGUGACACUGAGAAAUACACACCAGGGGGCGCCACUAUGCUCAUAUUUACGAAAACUCAUAUUUAUGAAAAUGAAAUGUAUGUAGAUUCCCUCAGUAUCGGAGCUGUGUGUAGUAAAGACAGGAUGAGAUCUGUAUUAGUUUUUAAUCACUCAGUCCAAACAGAGGAGAAAACCUCACAGACUCAGCUGAAGGGCUAAAAUGCUAUUUUCUUGCCUUUAAUGUUGAUGCAGAAGCCUU